AUGCCGCUGCGUGGGAUCAGAACUUCAACGGCUGCCAGGAACGGCGCCGGAGCCUUCAUCUUACAAUGCAAACGCCUUGACUUCACUUACUGCAAUUGGGCUGGCAGCUCGAAGGGCAUGGUUGCCUUCUUAGAGAAAACCCUCCCCGCCUUCGCUCGUGAAAACCCCCAGAUUGAGAUCCGUGUCUCUCCCCGACCCCAAAAGCACCCUCUGAUCAAGGGUCUCUACAUCAAUGGCCGCGAGAAGCCCGUGUGUGUACGAAACCUGGAGCCUCAUGAGAUUCUGAAGAAGGCAAUUCUACUCAAGGAAGCCAGUGGAGAGAAGUUGAAGCGUACCAAGAAGCCUGUCACAAGUUUGAACGAGAGUGUGCGUGGUAUCUGGUCGCCAUACCACGGCGACUUGCGUGGUGUAUAG